UGGAUGAUCUUUGAGGUCCCUUCCAAUCCAAGCCACUCCUUGGUUCUAUGAGAAAAUUAAAAAAAAGGCAAGAGAGUUCAUGUUGCACCAGAGGUGUCUGAAAACCAUCGUGAAACAAUAUUUGGUGUAUAAUAUAAUGCUGAAGAGCUGAUUACCUCUAUAUUUUAUUUCCAACAGUGGCAGUAGCAGAUGUUUAUGGGAGAAUACAACCUGGCAGGAUUCUUUGGCUGUACCAUUAGUUGGCAAAAAGUUGCAGUUAGCCCAUCAGUAACUGGCCAUGAAUAAUUUCAUAGCCAGUUCAUCCUCUUCUUGAUUUCUGAUGUUCUUUUGGUCUCCAUACUAUCCAAUGGCAGUGAGCUCUACAGUUUAAUUGGGCAGCAAGUAAUGGAAAGCGUUGUUUUCACUGUUUGAGCAUAUGCUGCCUGAAAUGAUCAAUAAUCUGCCUUCAGUCCUGUUCCUCAUUGUUUCUUCUAGUUAAGCAGUGAGAAAAUAAGUUUGCUAUUUUGUUUGGUUUCUCGUUGCCUGUAAUCAAGGCAAACCUGAGUUCAAACGUUUCUAUGGAUCAGUUUUGGUACUUCCAGCUUGACUGUGAAUAUUGUAUGCUGUCCUCGACCUAACCAUUGCACUCCAGGUUUCCUGUUCCUCUUAUGCCCAGCACAAUAUCCUGGCUGUAGGCUUUGCUUUGAUCAUUCAGGAGAAUUUUAACAAGGACUUAUAUCUGCUUACUUUCUCUUCGCUUUUGCAGGCUAUACUUUGUCUUGUCACAAUAGUGGAAGCAUAUAAAGCUCUCCAGAAGAACUGGUACUAGCAGGACAUACAUACGUUGUUAGGACGGCUCACUGUUCUCUUACAGUAUCUGACAUAGGUAGGACUGCCUGGUGUAACAGAACAUGGCAGGAGAUAUUAGAGACAUGAGGGCCAAUGCUCAAGUGAGGAAGUAACUGAAAGCACCUGGGCACAACCUCAUCAUUCUCCAUCACACUGCUGAAGUGUCUGAAAUCAUUCGUUCAGUAGGGUCAGACCUGUGCACGAUGGCCUGAUAGAGGACAUAGGAAUGCUGUGGACUGAAGAACUAAUAAAUCUCUGCAUCACCUUGGCUGACAGGGGCUGUAUAGCUGGAGGAGUUGUGAGCAGGAUCCAUACAACCCAUUUAUGGUAAUGGGAAGUUUCUGACAGGCUGUUUCAUUAUGUGCCUGUUGGCUGAUGUUAUUCUGCAACUGCUGUUGGAUAUUGACUGGAAUUAAAGCAUGUGUUUUGAUGAAAGUGCGAUGAUUCCAAUAGAUAUUCCAGGCUGAAAUGAGUCACUAACUGGAGAGUUCCCAGAAAAUAUUUAUUCAGCCCUCUUGAGUCAAAUGGAACAGUUCUAGAAGAGACCAGCCCAUUUCACCAUGACCUCAGCAGCUUCUGAAAUGCCUUUAAAGCUGUUUCAGGACAACACAGUCAACAUAUUUCAUUUUGGAAAAGCACAGCAGAAUGUAUGGAUCCAAAAAUCUUGAAUAUGGGAUACAGUUCUCAGGGUUAAUUCUUUGUCUUUUUGAUCAAAAUGGAUUCUAAGCUGAUCUGACUUUUUAAAAAGAAAGAAAUAAAUAACCAAAUUGAAGGCAGGGUUGUUUAUCUAAAGGUUCUAAUGAAAAGCAGCAUGCUUGAGAGCUGCAGGUGUUGGGUGGAGGUUGAUGACAGUAUGUUAUUAUUGCUUCUAGUGCUUCUUCAAGCAGAGAUGAUGCAGCCUUGAUGGGAACAGGAGCAGACUGCCUGUGUUGGUCUGCUGUCUUUUUCUGUGUGAGGCAUAGUAAAGGAGGUCUGCAGAAAUAGGGGAAGCAAUAACAGUGCUGUCUGCCUCAGGGAUCAGAUGAGUACCAAGGCAGUAGGGAUUCUUCCAUUUCUUUUUUGGCUCUGUCCUAUGACCCACUUCAGUGUACUUCCUCUUAUUCUCCCUGCAUUGCUCAACAUCUGAAAGCCCCACAUGUAACCAGGUAAGCAUUUUUAUUUCUAUCUCCAGCACCAGGAGAACAGCAAAAAGAGGAAACCACUGAACGGACAGCAAAGAAAAAGUCAAUUGGGUGAUUAUUUAAAACUUGUCUCUUCUACAUCACCACCACCAAGCAUGAUAGGAAGCGUGUCAUUUAUAAAAUAACUGUAGAUGUAUCUGGGGUCUUUGUGCUGGGCCUGGAUCAGCUUUGCCUCUUAUAAGCUGAUGCACCUGGAACUUGAAUUAGGAGAAUGUCCAAAAACGAGCCAGGUAGAUGCCCUUGAACAAUCACUAUUUAUGAUUUUCCUCAAUUGGUCAUUAUAAUAGUGUCUCAGCAGUGAUCCUGAAGCUCCUGUUAAAGCCUAGGAGAGAUACUUAGCAAUAAGUGAAGCACAAACCUGUAGUAUUGCCUUGAAUCCCAUGUCAGCACAGUCACAAUUACUUUGACGUUGUGACCUUAGACCUGGAUUGAGUCAAGUGAUAACAUCAUUGCAAAAGUGCUGCCCUUGGCCUUGAUUGUUUAUCUUCAGCAAUAAAGUCUAAACUGUGAGUUAGACAGGCUGACUCCUCCGCCAGGGACUUGAGAUUUGAUCUGGGACAUUCCCUGCCUCAUCUUCCCCACAGGGAUAGAGGUCUCUUUCUCAUCAGACUUCCAAGGUCCCCUUGAUCCCUUUUGCUUUUGAAUCCACAUAAAGCUCAGCUGAUCUGCCUCUAUGUAGCUGCAACUCUCCUUGUUAGGGAUUCUCAUUUCAGAAGAGGAAAGUGGAAGAGAUGUGCCUCCAAUUUACAAGGGAGGUGAAAGCGUUUGUCCACUGAUAGGAAAAGGGCUUCCUCAGCAGCAUCCGGCCAUCUGGAAGUGCAGCUGUUCUCACUAAUAAAACUGCCCUUUGAAACACCGAGUUGGUUUGGACACAGCUGGCUUUGUCUCUGUUAAACAUUUGCAGCGUCUAAAGGGCAGGAUCAGAGCACGGGACCCAGAGCAUUGAACGGAUGUGAGAACCCAAUGCCCUGAUGCCUCUCAGCAUGGGGAAUAAACUCCCACAUCCUCUCAGCCCAGUGCAGGGGUUGUGUGACAUGCAAAGAGCACACCUCUUCUUUAGGGAUACUCUGCACAGAUCCCAAGAGACUGGGAGGAGGUUUGGGUAUUCACAGAAUCAUAGGACCAUUAAGGUUGGACAAGACUGCUAAGAUCAUCCAGUCCAACCAUCAACCCAUCACCACCACGCCCACUAAGCAAGGGCGCCACUGAAAAAGAGCAUGGUAGAUAACCAGCUUAGUUUGUUAUAGUUUGGUUAAUCUCUGUCCACUCCACUCUAUUUUUUAGAUGCCAAAGUCAAUGUUUUUCACAGGGGCUGAUGUUGGCUGAGUUCUUGACUUCAUUUCAGAGCACAGAGAUGCUCUUGUGGGCUUGUGGCAAGAGGUAUCUGUGCCUGUCGGGAAUAUUUUGCUUCUGGGCUGCAACUAUGUGAGAUUUACUACAAUAUCUGUGUGUUCUGUCAUGGCAUUGACCCACCUGUUCUGGUGCAUGCAGGCAUUUGUGACAGUGCUUAACCCUGUCUCACAGGAUGAGAGCACCAGGGGAAGUUCAGGUUGGAUAUUAGGAAAAACUUCUUUUCUGAAAGUAUGGUGAUGCUGCAGCACAGACUGGGAUGGAGUCACCAACCCUGGAGAUGUUUAAGAACCAUUGGGGUGUAGCACCAAGGGAUGUGGGCAUGGUGGGCUGGGUUGGGGUUGGACUGGGUGAUCUUACUGUUUUUUUUCCAACCUUAUUGCUUCUGUGAUUCUUUGAUAGAGCUCUUGAAGCAGCCUCUGACAGCUAUGGGAGUGGGAGUGUUUAAGGAGCCUGGUGGAUGAGUAAGUACCCCACAGACGUAUAUCCUCUCAUCAUACCAUCCUCUGUGCAGGGAAAUCUUGUGCUUUCAAAUUGCUUUUUCCCCCCUUUCUUCCAUUGUCUUCCUAGGCUAUGCAGGAAACAGGAGCAAAGCUGUUUCCUUGCUUCUUUUGUUCAGCAGAUCCCACAGCUCUUCCUCCCCAGCGGAGAACUUCCUGCAGAGCAGACAGCCUGCAUAAACCUGAUACAGCCAGGGUUCACUAGCUCUGCAUGCUUAACCUGUUGCACUUUUCAGUCAAUCAUUCUCCACUUCAUGCCCCAAUGAAGGCACCUCUGCAGAGGUCAGCUUUGGGUUUAUAAGCUAUUUGCUGAGCUGCAGCAGUGGUUCUGGGAAGAGAAACUGAUCUGGGGAGACACUCCCACCUGUCUUGCUUCUCAUUCUCAACCCAUCCUCAGAGACCAGAGUUGCACAAAGCCAUGAGACAGUUCCUAUCAGAGACAGAGCUGGCUCCUGCUGCUGCUCUUGCCCUUCUCUGCAGUUCAGCAGCAGCUGUAGUGGUCUGGAAAUGGCUGGGCAAAAGGCACAUCCAGAAGAAGAUGGAAGAGGCUCGGAGGACCCGGGAUGAAGGUGUGAAGAAAAUGGCAAAAGCUGUCCAACAGUUCAGGGAGCAGGUCUCCAGUGACAAGACAGAUGCCAUCCUUUCCCUGCCCUUGCUGGAACUUGCUGGGAGGCUGCAGGAAGGGUCCCUGUCCCCCAGAACUGUCCUUUAUACUUACAUACAGAAGGCCCUGGAAGUGACCCAGCAGACAAACUGCGUGCAGUAUUUUAUCCCAGAAUGUGAAGAGCAGCUCCAGGAAAUACAACAGCAGAGGGAGAAAGGGCUUCUCUAUGGCAUUCCUGUCAGCAUCAAGGAUCACAUUGGUCACAAGGGGCAUCUAUCAACCUGUGGGCUCGUGAAGUUCCUUGGCACUCCAGAGCAGGAGGACAGUGUCCUAGUCAAGGUUCUGAAGAGACAAGGGGCCAUCCCAUUCGCUAAGACCAAUGUGCCACAAUCCCUCUUCAACUAUGACUGCAGCAAUCUCAUUUUUGGCCAGACGCUGAACCCCCUCAACCACCAGAAGACCCCCGGGGGCUCCUCAGGAGGGGAGGGAGCUCUGAUUGCAGGGGGAGGCUCCCUUCUGGGUAUUGGCUCAGAUGUCGGUGGUAGCAUCCGUCUUCCAUCCAGCUUCUGUGGGCUGUGUGGGCUCAAACCCACAGCCCAAAGGCUCAGUCUGUCUGGAAUUAAUGGCCCAGUCGAUGGCAUUGUGUCAGUUCCAUAUGCACUGGGUCCAAUGGCAAGGGAUGUGGACAGCCUGGCCCUCUGCAUGAAGGCACUGCUCUGCGAGGAGAUGUUCCAGCUGGAUCCCACCGUGCCUCCCAUCCCCUUCAAUGAGGAGGUGUAUUCAAGCUCUGCUCCCCUGCGGAUCGGAUACUACGACACAGAUGGUUACUUCCCACUGCCUCCUUGCAUGCGGAGGGCAGUGCAUGAAACCAAGGAGGCUCUUCAGGCAGCUGGGCACCAGCUGGUGCUCUUUUCUCCACUUCACAUCCACCGUGUCAUGACUGAACUGUUUUUGAAGACAUUUUUUGCUGACGGAGGCCGUGCUUGGUUGGAUGUGUUUACAGGAAAUAUUGUAGAUCCAAGCUUAAAACCCCAGGUGAAUUUCUGCAGGAUCCCAAGGCUUGGGAAGAAGAUUCUGGCUCUGAUUCUUAAACCUCUGUUUCCCCGCAUGGCCGACUAUCUGAACGCCUUGUGUGGCAUGAGGUCAGUGAAGGAGAUGUGGGAUCAUCAGCACCAAAUAGAGGUGUACCGCUCUGAGUUCAUCACCCAAUGGAGGGAACUCCAGCUGGAUGUCAUGCUGUGCCCUGUGCUGGGGCCAGCCUUCACCAUAGGGUUCCCUGGGAAACUCCUCUCUGCCAUCUCCUCCACAAUGCUGUACAACGUCCUCAACUUCCCUGCUGGGGUUGUACCCGUCAGCACAGUGACAGAGGCUGAUGAAGAAGAGCUGAAGAUUUACCGAGGAUGCUGUGAUGACCUCUGGGACAGGACACUGAAGCAGGCUGUGGAAGGAGCUGUGGGGCUGCCCGUGGCCGUGCAAUGUGUGGCUUUGCCAUGGCAGGAGGAGAUGUGCCUCCGGUUCAUGAAGGAGGUAGAGACCCUCAGCCGAGCGAAGAGAGCAGCGUAGCCCCUCCAGUCCCUCCUCAGCAGGGUGGGGACAGCUCUGCAUCACUUCUCCCUUUUGCAAUCUGAAGGACACAGAAUUACAGUAAGGAGGGAAGGAAGAAAGAAAAGCUAUUUCCUGCCUCUCUUCUUGCUGACAAGCACUGAUCCUGUUAAAGGACACAGCCAUUUCCUCAGUAGCCUUUACAAGGGCUGUAUGUCUGCCUUCUUAUCCUGUCUUGGCUGAGACACUGCUGGACUUGCCUCUAAAUAGUGCAGCAGCUGAGGCAGAGACCAAAACAUCAGCAUAAAGACUGCAGCACUUCAUCA